AGGAUGAAUAACUCAUUGCGACACAAACAUCAGUCAAUUCGUGAUGUAUUCCUUUGGAAGUUUUCUAGCUUUUCACUUUUGACAUCUUCAUAAAGAAAGAUGGGGGCAGAAAUCUUAAUCGACUAUGUCAUCUCAACGGCGGCAAUGUCCAUUCCAGCCUUUUUCCUCGUCGUAAUUUUGUCGAAAAUACUGAGCUCGCCGGAGAAACGCAACUCGAUGAUGGGCCGACUGGUCGCGUGUCAAUCGGCCAUGGUCGUCAUCGGCUUCUUGUGCGUCCUCCUCAUGAUCCCGAUUUUCCUUUUGAGCUCGGCUUCGCAAAGAACGCAGCGAAUGGUACUCGUCGCCGCCAUUGAAUUUUUCUACUUCAGCUCGCUCGCCUGGCUCAACGUUCUAUGCUUGGAAACUUUCUAUAAUUUCAGAGGUUUUAAAUACAUGGUGAUUAAUUUGGCCGAGUCCAAAGGCAAACGAUUGCUCAUUUACGUGAUCCACACCACCCUUGUGUCAGUCAUUUGCACUUUUCUGGCCGAGCUCAUCCAAAAAGCCGAAGAUCCUCCAACGAGAGGAAUGGUGAUCGUCGGCAACGGCGUCCCGGCGUUGAUUAUUUCAUUUUGCAACGGUUUUCUUUUUGUUUCCACGCUGAAGAAUUUGUUGACGACCCGGUCUGAAUACGAAGAGCUUCAAAAUGGGAAAUCAUUGAAUGGCGUUUUGCAGUUGACGCCGAUCAACAUGAUCAAGUGGAUGAUUUGCGUUUCCGAAGUCAGCGUGAUCAUUUUAAUCCUGGCCAUCAUGCUCGACACGUCGCUCGCUCUGAUUUUAUUCUUGAUUUUGAUGCGCCAGUUUUUCUGGGGCGUAAUUUAUCUUUGUCUGACCAAUAAAAACUGAUAUGUACAUG